AUGAGUGAAGCGAUAGAUGAAAAUAACCAAGAGACGCUGAAUAUGGGCGCCCAAACAAGCUAUUCGAUUCUUGCACUAAUAUCUUUUCUUGGCCUGGCCUCUACUUUGGAAACCUCUAGUGUCCCCAAAGAGAACCCUGCAAAGAAAAUGAUUCAAGUCGGGCUAGUGCACAACAUGAACUCGACCCACGGGAAGGUGGUGAUGAGUUGUAUAUCCAUGGCGCUCUUUGAUUUCUAUGACGUGCACACUCAUUACCAUACCCGAUUAUCGCUUCACAUUAGAGAUCCAGAGGACGACGUCGUUGAUGCGGCUUUAGCAGUUCUGGACUUGAUGGAGAAUGAAGAAGUCCAUGCAAUCCUCGGUCCAGAAUGGUCCUCACAAACUGAAUUUGUAAUCAACUUAGGAGUAAAAGCUCAAGUCCCAAUCAUAUCCUUCUCAGCCACAAGCCCUUCCCUUUCUCCCAGACAAAGACGUUAUUUCGUUCGGACAGCCUACGACGACAGUUCACAGGUUGGUGCUUUAGCGGCUGUUGUUCAAGCUUAUGGUUGGAGGGAAAUAACUCUUGUUUAUGAAGACACUGACUAUGGCAACGGCUUGGUUCCAUACCUUGUCGAUGCGUUCCAAGAGGUCGAUGCUCGGAUCUCUUAUAGAAGCGUUAUCCCUGCAUUUCCGGAAGAUAUCGACAUCGUUAAAGAGCUCAAUAAGUUGCUGAUGACACAGACUAGAGUGUUUCUUGUUCAUAUGACUGCUCUGAUCGGGUCUAGGUUCUUUGUUCUAGCGAGUGAGGCUGGAAUGAUGAGCGAGGAGAUUGCGUGGAUUGUUACCGAUGGUUUAUCGUCUUUGCUAGAUCCUGUCAGCUCUAAGGCUUUGGACUCGAUGCAAGGUGUACUAGGCGUUAGGCCGCAUGUACCACGAUCGGAGUCCCGCACAGAGUUCGGGGAGAGAUGGAAGAAAAUUUACGCUGAGAGAAAUCCCCACGAAGAGAUUGCUGAUCUUAGUCUCUUUGGUUUAUGGGCAUACGACACCGUCACAGCAUUAGCCUUUACAGGAGAGAUGGCAUGGGAGCAUGCAAAGUCUAGAUAUUUAAAGCCGAAUACGAGCAGAAACAAUCUCAACUUUUCAUCUAUCGGGAUUUCUGAGAUGGGUCCGAAAUUGCUCGAGAAAAUUCUAAGCAUCAAAUUUCAAGGCCUUAGCGGUGAAUUUCACUUGCCCAAUGGUGAACUUCAGCCCAUUGCAUUCGAAAUUUUUAAUGUUGCAGGACAGAGAGAGGAAAUCAUUGGAUAUUGGACUUCAGCAAGAGGACUUUCCCCCGAAUUGAACCCAUCAACAAAGGCAGUUUAUACAGCUACAGCCAACGAUUUGAAGCCGCCUGUUUGGCCAGGAGGUACACGAAAGCCACCGAAAGGUUGGGUGGUGCCCAUGUUAGGAAAGAAACUAAGGAUUGGAGUUCCGGUGAAAGACGGCUUCAGGGAAUUCUUCAAAAUCGAAUGGGAUCCACAUACAGGGGUGCCCAGCUACUCAGGAUUCUCCCACGACAUGUUUCUUGCAGUAUUGGAUGCAUUACCGUUUGCUAUUCCUCACCAGUACAUUCCUUACGUGAACGAGAGCAGGCAAAUCGCAGGAACCUAUGAUGAUAUGUUGUACCAAAUUAAACUUCAGAGAUUCGAUGCGGUUGUAGGAGACACGACUAUCGUCGCAAACCGCUCGUCCUACAUCGAUUUUACACUUCCCUACUCAGAAUCUGGUGUGGCAAUGGUAGUUGCCAUCAAGGAUGAUGAGCGGAGGAACAUGUGGAUCUUCUUAAAACCACUGAGUUGGACUCUUUGGGUAACAAGUGGUUUGGCCUUCAUUCUAACUGGGUACUUCGUUUGGCUCCUCGAACAUCGCACGAAUGAAGAAUUCAGAGGUCUUCGUAGCCAACAAAUCGGUUUAAUAAUCUGGUUUUCCUUCUCCACAUUGGUGUUUGCUCAUAGAGAGAAGAUUGCAAACAACUUGACAAGGCUCGUGCUCAUCGUAUGGGUGUUCGUGGUGCUUAUCCUGACUCAGAGCUAUACCGCAAAUUUAGCUUCACUUUUAACCGUGCAACGUUUCGCACCAAAGUUUGUGGACGUGCAAGAGUUGAUAAGGAACCGCCACUACGUCGGAUAUCAGGAAGGAUCGUGCGUGAGAGAAUUUCUUGUGAGACAAUUCAAUUUCGACCAGUCCAGAUUGAUUCCUUAUGGUUCGCCGGAGGAAUACCACGAGGCGCUAUCGAAGGGAAGCGAAAACGGAGGAGUGUCGGCGAUCUUUGAUGAAUUGCCGUACAUAAAACUCUUCCUUGCCCGAUACUGCAACAAGUAUAAAAUGGCCUUCCCAUUGAGGUCCCCUUUGGUCUCCUACAUUUCAAGGGCAAUCUUGAAUGUUACUCAAGAUAAAGCAAAAAUGGACGCGAUCGAAGGAAAAUACUUCGGCAGUCAAAGCUCGUGCCAAGACCAAGAUGCUGCCAUCUUUUCAGACAAUCUUAGUCUGAACGUGUACAGCUUUGGAGGGCUCUUCAUCAUCACCAGCCUCGUCUCGCUAUCAUCGGUGUUGAUAUAUGUGGUUUCGUUCUUCUAUUCUCAUUGGCCUUCUUCGAGUGCAGUUCGUGCUGUUGAUCGCUCCCUUUGGUCCAAGUUUCUGGAAACUACAGACUACUUCUUUCGUGAGCACGGAUUAUGUGGUUGUCUGGAGAGAAAUAGACCUAUGAAAGUUCCAGCCUCUCAAUUUCCAAGGAGGGAAGCUUCUCCUAAUCAUGAUGUUGAACUGAUAGCGAGGACACCAGAAUGA